AACUUAUUAAAUAGGUUCUAUGUUUUAGUGGAAAGCUUAAAGGUUCAGCCUUGAAGUUGGAGUCUGUACAUGUUAAAUGAACCCUCAAGAUUCAAAGAAUGAUUAUCCGUUGACGUUCGGAUACACGCCGUCGCUUUACAAUGAGCAGGAUGUCAUAGAGGAAGAAUCAUCUAACUAUGAGGAUUCUCAGCCAGUGUCUGACCAAAGUUUUGGCGCAGAAGAGCAAGAUUGGACUGCAGAAACUAGUGUUGGUUAUGCACCCUUUUCUGACGUGGACGGAACCAACGAAAGCUUCGAAAAUUCCCGAGGCCGGACGUUCGCUAGUUCUGAUAAGCAGGGAAGAGAGUAUGAGAACUUGGAUGAUUUUACAAGCGUUGAACAAGAUUUCAUCCCCCAGUAUGCGAGAAAUCGCCGACAAGAUCCUUCCGAUAGACAUAUGCGAGGACUAGGGUUUAAUGCUGAGACUAAUCUGUACGAAGGGGGGAUAGAAGUGGGACAUUUGGGAAAUAUUCCAAACCACUCAGAAACCGACGACUUUUACGAAGAGGACGAGGAGCUUUCGUUUCCGACACACGACAACAUCAACCUAGAUCAGGACAACAGCAAAAUAAGGCGGCAGUGGGACCAAAACAAUAACAAUGGAACACCAGGUGAUCAGAUGGGUGACGAGGAGAGUAUGACUCAGCCGCAGUCUGCCAGGUUCAGACAAGACACCCUGGACGAAAUCAGCUCAGCCUCGGAGGACUACUUUGAGGAGGAUUUGAACAACGAACCCCACAAUGCUCUGCAGUUCACAUUCCAACCAUACAAUAACACGAGUGGUGUGCAACAGCAACAGAACAUCAUGCAAAAUGGUCAUCAAAUGUCGAAUAUCAGUUACAAUAAUACUCAGAGAAAUUUGAGACAGUCUGAUCAAAUGUACGAAGAUGAGGAUCUAGAUAAUGACCAGUCGGCUACUGAGAAUUUUGACGAGAAUACAAGUCAGUUAGUUUCGACCGACUUCUCUCAGCCGUUUCCGAGUAGAGAGCAGCGUGAUAAUGGAAACAAACACCGGAACUACAGAGGACCUAGUAUGCUAUUCAGAGGACGUAGCGAUACCUUGGACUCCGAAGCAGGCGACGGCAUCAGUUUAAUGUCUCGAAACUUAAGGCAGCCGUCGUUCAAUGCAGAGAUGAUGGACUCUUUUCUUCGCCAUGAUUCUGUCAUGAGUUCGGACACCCAAGGUGGUGCAAUGCCUGUUUUGUACGAGAGCGAUACUAGUACACAUCAACAAGCAAAUACGACAACCGAUAGAAGUUCCAUUCCGAAGGGACCCUCCCAAGGCAGAAGUGGAACUAAGCAAGGGGGCUUUACUAAAGCGACGGCUGGUGGCAGGAAGGCAGAAGCUGCGGGACCCCGCGCGACAACCUCGGGAAAGUCUUUGUCGCCUAACUGGAUGAGGAGGGCUUCCGACUCCGAAGGAGAUUUGUCAGUAAGCGAAGAUGCUUCCAAGAAUCAGCUGUUCGACAAGCUAAGAAAAGAAAAGUUUCACAGCACAAAACUGAUUCAAGAGAACAAUGCCUACCAACAGCAAGUAAAUAGUCUCAAUCUGGAACUGGCGAACACAAAAGACAUUCUGGACCAAUUGAGAGUGAAAGCACAUGUUGGGUUGGACGUCGAGCACCCUGAUGCUCUACCUGGACAGGGAGUGCGUGUAAAUCCAGCGAGGCAACCAAACCGAUUUGAGAUGCCAAAACCAAAUAGAGCAGGAGUUAUAAACCCAAAUGAUAACAGGCCACGCGAGGAUGCAGAGAAUAACCCUAGGCUGAACGAACUGGUAGGAGAAGCACAGAGAAUCAACAGCUCCUUGAAAAACUUCUGUGAUAUGAUAAGAGAUGGGAACAUGCAUGCAAGUGAACAUAAGAAGUUCCUCCAGAACAUCAAACGAGAUGCGAAUCAGUUGAAAAGCGAUUAUGAGGCUGUAAGUGCCGAGAUAGGCGAUGCUUUGUGCGGAGGUGUUAAAGAGAUGUUGGACCGGGAGCUCUUCCAGAUAGACUUUCUAACCGGUGAUGCAGAACAUCUUUUUGAGGAGAUAGAAGCGCAGAAAGAAGCGCAGAUGGCGCGGAUGGAACAGCAAGCGAUGGAAGAAGCAGCCGAGUUAGCGAAGAGUCGAUCGAAUCUGAACCAGAACCAAAUGCAACCGCAUGAAGGGGGAACAGAGAGUGGUACAGGACAAGGAGGUGGGGGUCAAGGUCCACAGCAGGCACAUGAAGUGACUAGACUGGCUCAAGAAGUAGAGCAGCUGAAGAUGAUGUACGAACUGGAAAAAUGGAGACACAGUCAGCCAAAUUUGGUGGUAGCUUCUGAAAUGAAUCAGGGAGUUCCUUUUGGCUUUCAACUUAAUGGAGGGCUGGGAAGGGAUCAAUGGGCUAAAGUGGCGUCAUCGGCUAACAUGAAUCUAGCCGGCGUCAGGAGGCUUCAAGGUGACCCAGGCGUGAGCCAAUCACAGCCCAGGUUGAAUCACCUUCCGUUUGAAAGCGAGGAUAUCAUAGCGAGAGAAAACGUAGAAAAUGGGCCUCAAAGUUUAAAUCAAGUUCCUGAUUGGCCAAAUCAAGAUGGAAUGGGAGAUUAUGAUACGAAUGAAAACAUUUACUAUGACAAUAUGGAGAACAUGGCGUCUGUAUUUAAACCAAUUUCAACUCACGAUUCCUCAAUGGUGGGCGAAAGCGUGGACAUGAAAAUGUCAUCGGCUCGAAUGACUCCUAAUAUAGACACUCUGAAUGAACAUUGGAGAAGAAAAAACUCUGCAAAUGAGCCGAGUUCAAAUAAUAUGGGGUCUCUAGAUCGAAAUCAGGGAAACGUUCAGCAAAGAGACAGUGGCAUACCGAGGCGUAGGUCAAGCAUACCGAAGUUGGACUCGAAUUUCUACCAUCAAAAUUCUUCUGCUACGGGACCGCAAGCCCAGAUGAGACCAGGAGCUAAUGGCGUUUCUAUAGGCAGGCAACCUCAUGUUAUUAUGGAGCAAAGGUUUCUGAAGGGGAGAACCCACUUCAGCGACAGACCAAUUCAGAAAACCUACAGCGUGGAUGGUGGUCUGGGUGAUUCGAAUGCUUCCCUGAAGCGUAAAGACAGACUCGGGGCUCUACUUGCGGCGAAUGAAGAUAACGACAGUGGUUUCGUGGGAUCGGGUCCAUCCCAUUUUGGUAAUGUGACGAGUGAAACGAGUUACUCGUCAUCGCGAGGCCAGACACCGGCAACUGCAACAGGCAGUUUGCGUCGAUUCAAAAACCCAGCAGUUAUGGAUAGAAAGAUGUCCGAGCCAGCGGGCUUAGGGAUAUCCAGAAAGGAAGCCGAUAUUAAAAUUAAAAGCGAAUCAGGCUCAGAAAUAGGCCAAAAUGAUGCUGAAGAUAUGGAGUCGUUGGGCCUGGAGAGUCCCGACUCAAGCAUUGGAAGUAUCAAGCUCAGACCCCUCAAAACCAGCAGUUCAAAUAAACCAAAAUCAAGUAGUACACCCAAGCCUGUAAUGGCUUCUGCGGGUAUUCAAGCACGAGUUGCAGCCUCGAACAAAAACUCACAGACCUCGUCUGAACAUCGGGCAGACGCUGCAAUUGGGGACUCCGAUGCUCCUAGAGGAAGUAACGCUGCAUACCAGACACCGAAGUCUGCGACAGUUGCCAAGUUUGCUUCCCCGCGAUCAAGUGCCUUCAAAUCUUACGUAAGCUCUUCUACAGAAGAUAAUAUGCCUUUGAGAGCGACUAAGUCAUUCUCUAAGCCGGGUGCAAACCCCGCUUUGAAUAGACGAACAAGUGCGAGAAAACAGUUACCGUUUAGCAGAAGAGGUUUGGUAGAGCCGACUGAAAAGCAGAGCGCUGUGGCGAACUCCAGUAAGUUCUCGAAAAGUGAAACUGCGCUUGAAACUUCGAUGCAUAAUCAGUCUAAAAUAGAUGAAAUUGAGCGAGAAAUUUUGGAGAUUCGAGCGGACAUUGAAGAGGCUAAAAAUCGAACAAAACGCCCGAGUAUAGUAUCCUCGACUCCGAGGAAUGAAAUAGAGUUUGACAGAAGAGACAUGCCUCCAAGACCUGGAUCCUGGCAUCUGGGCAAUGACGAGGAGCCGAACCGUCCUAGAAGAGAAGAUAGCGACUUGGAAAAUGUAAACACGUAUAACAAGAUUACACGAAACAGACAGCGUGAAUCUGGCUCUAAAGAGGUACCUGUCAACAGUAGCAGCGAUCAUUUAUGCAGUAGGAGACUUUCUUUCCAGAUACCCAAAGGAAAAACGUCAACUGCUACCAAUACAAAUUUUGAAGCUUUGCCAUCAAGGCCAAUGAGGUCUAAAAAACUUCAGACAGAAAAUGUGGCUGCCUCACCUACUGAGAUUGCCAGUUCGGAUUCGGAGGAAAUUGGAAAUGUAACAGUGUUAGAAUCAAGACGAAAUAGCAGUCGGAACAAGAGAACUGGUAGUUUGCGCAACCCUGUGCAUACAAACUCCAGAGGCACUGGCGCUAUGAGCAGUGAUCUUGACUCUGCCUAUGAUAUCAUACACAGACAUAAACCCCGCAGAACGGCGUCGAGUCGAGUGAGAAAUGUUGCCGGGGAAACUGACGAUCCGAGAGCGGAGCGGUUUCAUCAUCACCAUCAGCAGCAGACACGUUUUGCACCGAUUGGUGUCCAAACUAACACUACGGAAGUCAGUGGGAGUAAUCUGUACUACCCUCACCAACCAACGACAACUACUACUACUGCUGUGCUACCAACUGUUCAUGUACCAACCAUGUACAGCACUAACCAAAUACAUCAACACACCGCAGCAGCCUAUGUCCCAAUUAUAGGAAUGCCUCUCAUUCAACAAUCAGCUACUGCAGUACCCCAUCUUGUGGCGCAGCCAACUGCAACAUUGGUCCAGCCUCAAGUAUCACCGGCAGCCACUGGACUGUGGAUGUAUGCGCAACCAGCUGGUUUAACUGCAAACAUUGCAGCCCCACCGGCUGCAGCCACUGUUUUGCAGCCGCAUCACGUGAUCCAUGCAGUGGACCACGUGAACAAUCCAAUGCGGUUCUACUACAAAACUGCAGACUCAUCAGGAGCUGUUCUAGUUAAUGGCGACGAGCAGGUAAUGACGAGAAGUGCGGAUAGUUUACAGAGACGUCAUAGUAGUAGGAAGUAUGACUCAAAUGGAAAUAGAUUGGGAAGUGCUCGUACGUAUAAGGGGAACGGAGCAGGAUCAUCCAAGUUGCUCCAGAGUAUCCAGAGUGCAGACGUCGCUGCCAGACAGUUGAAGCGACUCUCUCAGAAUAUGGCCGAUUCGGUCUAUACUCACUUGAAUGGAAAUGAACUCAUUUGAUCUUAGAUUAGAAAUUUGUCAAAUGGAAACUGACAAAGCUUAAUGGAAAAGAGCUAUUGAACCCAUGGUAUCUUAUUUUUACGCGCCGCUUUUACAAUCCAGCGAAUCUUUUGACAUGAGUUGUGCCUAAAACAAUUUGUUUGGAUAGCGAUAUUUGGCUUCGUGUUUCAAUAGCUUUUCCUAAAAAUUUGUCGAUCGGAAUCUUUGUUUUGCUACAUGAAAUCUGAAUCGAAUCAGCUAUGGUUCAGAUUAAUUAGAUACCAAGUUAGUUCAUGUCUUCCUUCUUGCCUUCUACCAAGUCUUCUUUUCAUCUCAAUAGUCAAAAUGUCGCUUCGAUUUCCCACCAUCGUACGUGUAAUUUGCAAGAUUAGCUUUUCCACUUUUUUUAAUCGUGUAACGAGUGGUUUCAGAAGGUCCGGUAUCAAUUAGCGUAAUUAACCACAUGCUGAUUUUUAAAGCACAGAG